CCCAAGCAAGAGAGAAAAUGGUUUCCUUCCUUCCUAACUGAAUGAUGCUCACUUGUCUUUACCCAUUUUCAGUUUAUUUCCAAGUUCGAAUCCAAGAUUUUGUUCACAUCUUUCCAAAGGGAAAUCCUUGAAGGACAGGAAUAAAUAUUCGGUUAUUUGGCGAAACGAAGCCAUGAGAAAUGGAGAAAUUAUUAGAGAUGCUGCUUUGGGAGCAGCGUUCGGAGAGAUAUUUAAAGGUUUCUUUAGAGGAAUUACUUGUGUAAUAAGAAGAACCAUUCAGUUCCAAUCCAAUUUGGAAGGCCUCAGAACUACGCUGUCUAGACUACAGGUAUUUGUCCAAGAUAUUCGACAGUCACACGAAGAGUUGGGAGGAGAAAUAAAUGGAUUGGUCGAGUUGAUGGAGAAGGGAGAGAAGCUUGUAAAUGAGUGCUCGAAUCUCAAGUGGUGGCAACAUUGCAUCAGAUUCUUUUACGCGCACAAACUCUGGAAGCUGGACAAAGAACUUCUGGUGUUCUUACAGAUAGACAUCAUGGCUCGGAUUAUGAGGAAUUCGUCGACGACUGUGAACAUGGUGAGUGAAAUUCGUGAGAGACUGAAUCGUACCGAGACAAGUACUAUUGAUAUAGAAGUGGAAGUAACCGCCAACCAUGAAGAUCUGGCAGCCGUGCGUGAAGAAGACAAGAUGAGUUAGGGUUCGGUCGUGUGAUGAAGUCUGAAGGAUUAAGGAUUAGGAGAUCUAUGGGCCGGGCUAUUGUGUGGGCCUUGGUUGAGUCAUGAAGUGGCCUUUGAUUGGGCUAGUAGCAGUACUUACGUUUAUGUUGUUUAGUUGGUGUUUUCCUUGUGAAUUGAUUAUCAUUCAUCUGCUGAACAUUCAUCUGCUGAACAUCUUGGUUUGUCCCAAUGAAAAU